UGGCUCCGCGGUGCGUUAACGCGACUCCUGGAUGCGUCAGCGCUCCACAGCCACAAUACGCGCUCGUGUGAAAAAAAGGAAAGAGGGAUAAAAACAAUAAUAAAAAUAAUUAAAAAACCCCAGGAGGAGAGGAAAAGGCGAAGGCUGUAAAUCUGUGCUGUGUGAAAUCAGUGUGUUAAGCAGUGCGGGGCGAUGGGUUCAGCCACGGAGGAAGAAUUUAAAGAGAAAUUGCUCUGGAACGUGAAACGCGAGGUGAAGCAGACUAUGGAGGAGGCAGUCACCAAGAAAUUUGUCCAUGAAGACAGCAGCCAUGUCAUCGCUUUGUGUAGUGCAAUUGAGGCUUGCCUGGGCCACAUGCUGAAGCGCAGAGCUGCAGGCUUCCUCCGCAGUGAUAAGAUUGCUGCCCUCUUCACCAAGAUCGGAAAGGUGUACACCGCCGCUGAAGAGGUGUGCCGCAAGGUCCAGGAGCAGCUGCAGCAGCAGGCUGACAUCACCAGAAGGACCCAGAGCACAAGUGGACAGGAGCCUCUCCGCAGACAGGGUUCCUCUGCAGGCCGACUUCCUCAGCCUCUCUCAGCUCAGGCCAUCAAGCACAUCUGGGUCCGCACUGCCCUUUUUGAUAAGGUCCUGGACAAAAUAGUACAGUAUAUCGUGGAUAACUCAAGUAAGUAUUAUGAAAAAGAAGCCCUGAUGCAUGACUCUGUAUUCGGCCCUAUCUUGGCAGCGCUUUUGGUCGGGCCUUGCGCUCUGGAGUACACAAAGCUGAAGACAUCAGACCACUUCUGGACGGAUCCUUCAGCCAACGAGCUGGUCCAGAGGCACAAGAUCCAUGGAGCACAUCGAGUCCAGGAGGCAUCGCCCAGCCGCAGGCCUGCUCUCGGGAUCCGUAAGAGACAGUCCAGCGGGAGCAUGUCUGAGGAUAAGUUUGCAGCCUCUGCGAGGGAAUAUGUGGAGUCGCUUCAUCAGAACUCGCGUGUACAUCUGCUUUAUGGAAAGAACAACGUGCUCGUUCAGCCGAAGAAGGACAUGGAGGUGUUGAGGGGCUACCUGUCUUUACAUCAGACUGCUGACACGCUCACACUGAAAUGGACACCCAACCAGUUAAUCAACGGCACUCUGGGAAAUUGCGACCUGGAGAAGAGUAUUUAUUGGGACUACGCAUUGACCGUACCCUUAAGACAGAUUGUCUGCAUCCACUGUCACCAACGGCCGGAUUGCGGUGGGACUUUGGUAUUGGUGAGUCAGGAUGGGAUCCAGCGGCCGCCUCUUCACUUUCCCCCUGGAGGUCACCUGCUAGCCUUCUUGUCUUGCCUGGAGACAGGCCUAUUACCCCGGGGGCAACUGGAGCCCCCACUCUGGUCUCAGAAAGGCAAGGGUAAAGUCUUCCCCAAGCUGCGUAAAAGAAACAGCACAGCUCGGUUGGUAGAUCAGGACAGUGAUGACGAGCCAGUCGCUGCAGACUACGUGUUCCGCAUCGUUUACCCCGGACACCGUCAUGACUCCACAGUCACUAUAAACUACCACCACACCACGGGCAGUCGUGCGCCCUCUCUGGACGACGAUGAGGAGGAGGAAGAUAGACUUCACGCAAUGAUCUCAAUGAUCUGCUCGCGGAACCUCACAGACCCUAAUGUCAUGAAAGACCAUGGGGACAUGAUGGAGAUGCAGGGCUUCGGAGGCAGCCCGUUGUCAUGGCAGCAAGCCGAGAAUGCCAGUCAUGCGUCGUCAUGCUUGUCCUGCUCUGUUGGGGGCGGUAGCUUGUCUAUAGAGCUUCCUGGAGCGUGCACCUGCAUGCAUGACCGAAUUCCCCUCAAGAUGCUGUGUCAUAACAUGAAGAGGCAGAUUGUCUCUAGGGCUUUCUAUGGCUGGCUAGCCUACUGUCGGCAUCUGUCCACGGUGAGAACACAUCUGUCGGCACUGGUCAACCACAACAUCGUCCCACCAGACAAACCUUGUGAAGCAUCUGGAGGUCUCAGCAAAGACAUCUGGAGCAAAUACCAAAAAGACUGCAAGAACUACAAGGAGCUGGAGCUGCUGCGGUUGGUUUAUUAUGGUGGUGUGCAGCAUGAGAUCAGGAAAGAGGUGUGGCCAUUUUUGUUGGGCCAUUAUAAGUUCGGCAUGGGGAAAAAAGACAUGACGCAGAUUGAUGAGAAGAUCACAGCACGCUACAAACAGGUGAUGAGAGAGUGGAAGGCCUGUGAGGUGAUCGUGAAGCAGCGGGAGAAGGAGAUGCAGUCGGCCAUUUUUGCCAAACUCUCAUCAGGCAGCAGCAUUGACAGCCACGUCAUGAAACUCAUCCACAGAGACUCAACUCUCAGCAACGAGGUGUUUAUGUCAGUGGACGAACCCGAUGGGGUUGGUCAGGUCACUCCAUGUGAGAGUGAUAACACCCCCACCAUGACCACCGUGGUUAAUCCGGUCUCUCUGGCUCCUGAUGAGAGGUCACUAGUUGAGUUUGACUCUCCAGACUCAGGCCUUCCUUCUUCUAGGAACUACUCAGUAGCAUCAGCACACUCCCAGAUUCUGUCUAGCAUCGAUGAUGGGCCGAGUAUGGAAGAUGAGCCAGGAGAUGAGACCACGCCUAGGGCUGGACUGGGAGAGCCGAGUGGGCAAGACUCACUGAGCGAGGACAGGCUGUGCAGUCAGCUGGAUAAACUGGUCACUAACAGUGAAGAUGUUGCAGCAUCGUUCUCAUCGUAUACGAUUGAGCUGUUGGACACGGUGGCUCUGAACCUGCACAGGAUAGACAAAGAUGUUGCACGCUGCGACCGUAACUACUACUACUUCACCACGAGCAACCUGGAGAAGCUGCGAAACAUUAUGUGCAGUUAUGUGUGGGAGCAUCUAGAGGUGGGUUAUGUGCAGGGCAUGUGUGACCUCCUGGCCCCUCUGAUGGUCAUUUUGGAUGAUGAGUGCCUUGCCUACAGCUGUUUCACACAGUUAAUGAAGAGGAUGAGUCAGAAUUUCCCCAAUGGAGGAGCCAUGGACACUCAUUUUGCCAAUAUGAGGUCCUUGAUACAGAUCCUUGACUCCGAGUUGUUUGAGCUGAUGCACCAGAAUGGAGAUUACACUCACUUCUACUUUUGCUACCGCUGGUUCCUGUUGGACUUCAAGAGAGAGCUACUCUAUGAGGAUGUAUUUGCCGUGUGGGAGGUGAUCUGGGUGGCACCCCGUAUCUCCUCCCAGCAUUUUGUACUGUUCAUUGCGCUGGCUCUGGUGGAGGUGUACCGGGAAAUCAUUCGCGACAACAACAUGGACUUUACAGACAUUAUCAAGUUCUUCAAUGAAAUGGCCGAGCGACAUGAUGUCCAGAACAUCCUGAGGAUAGCCCGCGAGCUGGUACACAAGGUGCAAACACUCAUAGAGAACAAGUGAAGCUCACUUCCAGCUUCCUCACUCUGCUUCUCAUUACUCCUUCCCCCUAUGGUCCAGUCAGCAAUCCCUCUACCGAGAGAUGGAGGGGGAAGGAGAGCACACCAGCUCUCAGUGAUCUCAGUGACUCCCCUGGGGUAAAGCGAUGAGACUGCUUGGGACCUGCAAUUAGACUAAAUGGCCUGAAAUCAUCCUUUUUCUGUAUCCUUUGCCUGUAACGGAACGCCAUUGUGUUGGCUGUUGGAGUUGUCUGCAUGCAUGUGGGAUUUGAGCACACUGUGACAGAUUUUUUUCGUUCUUUUUUUUUUUUUUUGCCCGUACACUAUUCCAGUAUACGCUGCAUCCACUGGAUCCUUUCAGCUUCCUUUCAGAAAGCGUCCACUUUGUAAAAAAAAAUAAAUAAAAAUGACUUCAGCCUCAAGUUGCCACAAUGUAGUUCUGUUUCACCAACGACUGUUUUUCCUCUCUGCCAAAUGUACAGAAAGUAUUCCGCACUUCUCAAUGACUCUCAGGAGGAUCCCUUCUUCUCUUUGUCUGCCUUUAUUAGAUAUGGCACUGAACAGUACAGUUGAGCACAUUUUUUUUUUCUCAAUCCACAGAGCCU